CCUUCUUUCACUCAGUUGCCGACGACUGCGGACGGUCUUUUCGAGUCCAUACUUCACAAUGCCUCCGAAGAAGGAUACCAAGGGGUCGGCAAAGCAGCCGCAAAAGACCCAGAAGAAGAAGGAAGGAGGAUCCGGCGGCAAGGCCAAGAAGAAGAAGUGGUCGAAGGGAAAGGUCCGCGACAAGCUCAACAACCAGGUCCUGUUCGAUAAGGCCACGUACGACAAACUGUACAAGGAGGUUCCCGCCUACAAGCUGAUCACUCCGUCGGUCGUCUCGGAAAGGCUGAAGAUCCGUGGUUCGCUGGCCAAGCGAGGGCUGCGUGAACUGUGCCUGAAGGGCCUCAUCAAGCAGGUUGUGCACCACCACGCCCAGGUCAUCUAUACCCGUACCACCAAGGGCGACGAUCCGGUGGCGUAAAGCGGUCCGUCCGGGGAUUCCGUUGUUUGUUGUAAUAGUGCGCUGUGACCGAGUGCACACCGCACGGUGCUCUGGACUGCGAUUCUCCGGUGGUGUGCAACCCGCAAAUGUGUCGCCUCGCCAAGUGAACCAUCGGCACAGCAAUCGGCUUCGGAAUGAGGAAAAAAUAUACUUAUGAUUAAGUAA